UGUGGUGGUAAUGUUGUGGUUGUCACGGCUGGGCUCCGCACCCUCCCGACCGCUCUGUCGUAGCCGCGUGGAUGAGCUGUGACCGCGCAUGGAGCUGAGGACGGAGCGCGUGGCGGCAGCACUGGAGAUGUCGCAGGUCCAAAGCCAAGACGACGAGCCUUUUACGAGCGAGGCUGAGUAUGAGAGUUUGCCGCCUUAUGUCUCGGUGUCGACCCAUAUGACAGCCGGAGCCGUGGCCGGUAUCCUGGAACACACGGUGAUGUACCCCGUGGACUCGGUGAAGACGCGGAUGCAGAGUUUAGAGCCAGAUUUGAACGCGCGGUACAAAAGUGUUUAUGAAGCUCUGAAAAGGAUUAUCCAAACAGAGGGUGUCUUCAGACCACUGAGGGGCCUCAACAUCACCAUGAUGGGAGCUGGGCCUGCCCAUGCGCUCUACUUUGCCUGCUAUGAAAGGGUCAAACGCUCACUAAGUGACGUCAUUCAGACGAAUGGACGCAACAGCCAUUUAGCCAAUGGUAUAGCUGGUAGUGUGGCCACUGUUCUUCACGAUGCUGUUAUGAACCCAGCAGAAGUGGUGAAGCAGAGGAUGCAAAUGUACAACUCGCCAUAUCGGGGACUUUUGGACUGUGUUCGAACAGUAACGCGUACUGAAGGUGUUGGGGCCUUCUACCGCAGCUACACAACCCAGCUGACCAUGAACAUCCCUUUCCAGGCUGUUCACUUUAUCACCUACGAGCUGAUGCAGGAACAAUUAAACCCCCACAGACAUUACAACCCUAGCAGCCACAUAUUGUCCGGCGCUACAGCCGGCGCUGUAUCUGCAGCUGUCACCACUCCACUCGAUGUGUGUAAAACGCUCCUUAACACACAAGAGAAUGUUGCGCUCAACUCCAUGAACAUCAGCGGCCAUUUAUCAGGAAUGGCCAAUGCCUUCAGGACUGUGUACCAGAUCGGUGGCCUGUCAGCCUUCUUCAAAGGUGUCCAAGCUCGGGUUAUAUACCAGAUACCCUCCACUGCCAUUGCUUGGUCAGUGUAUGAGUUCUUUAAGUACUUUCUGACAAAGCAGCAAGUUGAAGAAGAAACAGGAAAUGGCUCUGUGUAGGAAGGAAACUGCGCCAAAACUGGAUCUGAUGAAAGCAGGCCUCAGUUUGAAGAAGCAUAUGCUCGUCAUGUUUGUUUUUUAUGUAGAAAUUAUAUCUGUUGUCUCAGAGAGAAGUAUGACAGCGUGAUACUCCUUAUCCUUGACUUACCUACCUACUGACCUACUUGCGCAACAUUCUGCACAGCGGACUGUUCCAAAAGGAUACAGGUGACCAAAGACUGUACAUUAACCAGUUAGGAUGAAGUUGUAGUUGAACAUGUAGUAUCCAGAAAAUAGGAAGGAUAUUUCUAAAGUAUUCAGGUGUAAGAGUUGAACGAACCAAAUCACAUUUUUCCUUCUCCACUCUCAAACACAACUAUUUUUUUUUUUCUUUUGCAAAUCUCCAACUCUUCUACAUGUGAUGAUUUGCAGUGAUAUGUCGUACAUUGGAUCCUUUUAUUUAUUAUAUUAUCAAGGCUUGUAUUUUAUGGAUGCAGGAGAAGCAGUGCUGUUUGCUUGUUUUAUUGUGUAUUUAUACAGAAAAAUAUAACACAUUCCUUGUAUUCAUUGUGAUGGAAUAGUUAUGAAUAUCAAGUGCCUCAUAAAUAUUAAAGCCCCCCCUUA